AUGCCCGCGGACCGACUGCUCAACACGGUCCUCCAGUACUACCAAGACGUGCACGAUGGUCCCAAGACCGAGCAGAUCAUCGGAACGACGACACAUCUCCUGACCCAGCUCUCGAAUCCAUUGAACCUGGGCGUCCUCACGUCGCAACUUCUCACCGCGCGCGCGAUAUGGCACCGGCCAGACAGACUGCGCACUGCUGUCCGAAUCAUCAGCAUAUACAAUACAGCCGCUUUGCGAGUCUACGAACACGAGCACGAGCACGAGCGCGCUGUUGGCCAGAAGACUCCAGUUCUGCAACCACGCGAGUUUGGAGGUCUACAGUGCGAUGAAUGGACGAGGGCGGUCGUGAAAGGCGCCGACGAGCGCUCGCAACGAUGGAAGCAUCUUCUGGUCCUCACCGGCGUGCUGAUGGGCAUGGAGAACGAGUGUAGGAGGGCACUGUCCCGAUCUCUGCGGAACACCCUCGAAGGAGCGGUCGUGACGGCCGCCAACCUCGCCUUGCAAGACCACCUGUUUGACGGCGGCAUCGCACCAGGGUCCAUCGUCUUGGCGCUGAAUUUCGCGUUCCCGCUACUGUCCGAGCAUCAUCGAGCACAGAUUCACUGCAACUCGCUUCUCCCUCUGACGAUCUGGGCGAUCACCGGCGAGGAGGGCUUCGAUAACGGGUCGUUCCUCGAGCACAUUGGACGCGAAACGACAGAGAGCGUUGGGAGCAUUCUGGAAUGGCCCUCUACGUCGCCCUCUUUCCACCUCAUGCAGAACAUGGCGCAGAAACCUUUGAUGGGCAACCUGGGCCCUCUAUCCAAACUCGCUGGCUUCGCCAUUCUCAAUGCCUCCGACACGCGAGCCGUUUUCGAUGCUCAAGACCAACUGGUGGCAUUUAGUCAGAAGAUCUGGGAAACUUGGUCUCGCUCACUUCUAUGUGAUGUAGAUCCUGCCUUCGAAGGCUCGCGGCUCGGUCAAGAGACCCUUCGCAACACAUGGCCCGCGCUGUGGCAGACCUUCAAAAAACUUCUUUUCGGUGUGUCCUCCAUACUGCAAGCCGUCGUGUCGCGAAGCCUUUUAGAUCCGCACAUGUAUAACGACGUGACUGCGCCGGGGGUUGCCGUCAAGUCCUUGCACAUCCUGCGGAACCUCUACUUCAUCUCGGCGCGCGACGGCAACAGUUCGUUUCAGGUCUAUACGUUUGCGUACAUGACUGCGAUUGAUGUUGUCUCGAGAUACGCAGCUGCCUCUGAGAUCUUCCUCAACGAGAUCAAGCCCAGGGAGUCCUCUCUGCCAACACGCCAGGCACAAAGGAUGCUGGAUCUGUUCUACCUCAACCUUGCCGAGCAUCUUCCCUUGACACUCUCCACGGCCGCGUGUGACGACCUGAUUGUCAAGCCGGCACUGGUAUAUAUAUCGCACGACGGUGCGUUGACGCCCUCCAUGGUGCAGUUGUUCGAGGCUGCUCACAGCGCCGUUUUAUCCGUCAUGUCGUGUCCACAGCACGGUCCCCUGACUAUUCGCAUGGCACCUUUCUACAUCAUCAAGCUAUUCGAAUCCUUCCCGACAUUGAUCUCACCUCGGCAAUUCCGCAUGGCAUUCAAGACCGUCAUGCAGAUUGUGUCUCCGCCGUUCCCCAUCGCCGCACAGGAGCCUCACAUGUCCGAGACAUUACUGGAGAUGCUGUGCAUGCAGAUGGUCAAUGCCGACACAGCACCUCUACCGGAGAACAUUAUGGCGCAGGACCCUGCGUCCCAGGCAUCGGGAGACAACUUGUCGCAACAAAGCGCAAUGGUCUUGGCCUUGAUUGAUUCUCUUCCAUUCCUACCUUUGCCGCUUGUGGAAGAGUGGCUGUCUGGGACAGCCGAGUCACUCCAUGCCAUUGAGGAUCCUCGUCUUCGCGAACCAGUCAAGAAGAGGUUUCUCGAUAUGCUCGUGAGUGGAGAGAUGGACGUCGAGCGAGCGGCCAUUGGCGUGGCCUGGUGGGGGACCAAGGGCGGUCGGGAGAUGGUCCUUCAUGGGCAUGCUCAGAGCAGGCCGGCAAUGAUGCGCGGAGCACUUGUCGGCGAAGAGAAGGCAAGUCGACUGUGA